UGCCUCAGUAUCAAAUCAAAAGUGUCUGCCAGUCUGCUUGACUGACACCGUAUUCAAGUCCUUUAAUCUGAAUAUUCACUCACUCAUUUGUUAUUUUAUACGUUUUUGUACGGCUUUUUAAAACAGUGAAUCUUAGAGGGGCGAAGUUCUAGCUUCCAAGAGUCAACCCAAGUUUUAAAGUUUAAUUUUGUAACGUAUCACCGCUACAUAUCCUCCGGUUAGAAGCAUCAGGCAUCCAUUGUUUAUGGCCUUUUCCCGUGGAUUCAGCGUUAGAGGAUUUGUGUGCUGCUUACUUCAUUGAAAAAGCUCUGUCUGUACCUUCCAUAAAGCUCGAACUCGAACCUGCAACCAUGUUCAACUCGGUUCCAUUCAUCAUAUUUUUCCAUUUGUCAGGAACUGCCUGAUCCAGAUCUCAUGCAGCGCCCAAAGCACAGCUCGUAAGCUCCACUCAGUUCCUUUAGUUUAAGUUCUACCUCCCGUGUAUCAGUGAUGACAGAAUAUAAAUUAGUUGUUGUUGGUGCAGGAGGUGUGGGCAAAAGUGCCCUGACCAUUCAACUUAUCCAAAAUCAUUUUGUUGACGAGUAUGAUCCAACGAUUGAGGACUCAUACCGCAAACAAGUGUUAAUUGAUGGAGAAACAUGUUUGCUUGACAUUCUUGACACUGCAGGUCAGGAAGAAUACAGUGCCAUGAGAGACCAGUAUAUGAGAACUGGUGAGGGAUUUCUACUUGUUUUUGCAGUUAACAGCCUCAAGUCUUACGAGGAUAUUUCUUUGUAUCGAGAACAAAUUAAAAGAGUCAAAGAUGCCGAGGAGAUACCCAUGGUUCUUGUUGGUAACAAAUGUGACUUAUCAGUACGAGCUGUUAACACAGCAGCAGCCGCUGAUGCUGCGAAGCAGAUGGGCAUUCCAUUUGUUGAAACAUCAGCCAAACUUUGCAUAGGUGUAGAUGAUGCAUUCUUUACAUUAGUUCGUGAAAUCAGGAAGAUGAAGACAAAGUAUGGCAAGGAGAAACGCAAAAGAAUGAAACACUUUAGCCGCAAGAAAUGGUGCCGAUUACUUUAAGACUUGAUUUAAUAGGGAUAACUGCACAAUUUAUGUACGUAAUGAACAUACUUUUCAGUGACCUGGAUGCAACCAGCUUGUCUGAGGUACAUUGCAUAAAAUUAUUGGAUUGUAUGAGUCUACAAAUUUCAUGCAUGAUUUCAGUCAUGCAUACUUCCACUAACUAAAAUCUGUCUCUUACAUCGAAUUCCGGCAAGCGGAUUUGAUUAAUUUUUCUUUUACUUACUGCCAACCUGUACAACAAAACAAAAUUCUCUCCAGGCGACAGUGCGCCUGUAACGUUUGGUUUUCAUUCUGGUAGGAAUGACUAGCACUUCAAAAAUUCUCUCUGGAUGCAUGCAAACAUAGGCCAUAAUUUAUGAAGCCAGUAAAUUUAUUUUUCACUUUAGCGGAGCAUUUUUCUCCUCUGGGUCGCAACCAAUCUGGUCCAAUAAGUUGACCAAAGCCAUUUGCGGAAAUACGCCUUCUGAAACAAAAUGACAUCAACAUCUCUGAUAGAAAGGCUCUGAAGUUAGCCAGUAGUUUUUUUAUUUUUAUUUUUGAGUUAAUACUUUUUAAACUUAGCUGCCUGGUUGAUUGAAUCACUGAGGUAGUCUGUUUUUGGUUGCUUUUCUACAACUGUAAUAUCAACAUAACUGCCCCUCCAUACAGGUUCAAAUUUUUGACAGAAAUCCUCCCAAAAUAGUGACUAUUUGAAGAAAUGAAAAGGGUCUGCAGCUUAGGCAGGCACUCAGAAUUAUGAAGAAGGUCAAAAAAUAAUGUUAGAAGCUUUAGAACAAUGAUCAUAGGAAGAGAAAAGAUAACACAUCACACAAGUUCUUGAAAAGUCAUUGAAAAUCUGGGAAAAUCGGGUAAUCUUGCCCUACCCUAAAAAGCCUAAGUAUUUUACUGCAGAACCUUUUAUUCUUUCUUCUGGACAAAACAUUUAAUUAUUUUCUACUGCACCCACUUGCUCAAUGGACAGAAAUUACCUACCCUUAGAACAAGGAAGGUUUGGGGAAAAUUUUAUGAAGAAAGCUCCCUCCAGACUGAAAUUUUGGGCAGUUUUAGCUCAAAAUUUUUUUAUCAUUUGAAAUUUAUCCCUCUUAUUUUCACUUAUUCCUCUUCUCCCCUUUUUCCUUGUAAGCCCCUGAUUUGCCAUUUAAAAGCACAUCCUGCAAAUCUUAAGAAAAUAAGCAGUAAUUUUGUACAGAUUUUCUCAUCAUGUGAAAGGGAUUUGAAGGCUGUAAUUAGAUAUUCCAGAAAUCCAGACGUGCAGUUUUUUUCACCAUCCUCUCACUAUGCAUAUCAAUGAAGGCAAAGCUAAGUUUAAAAUAUGUUUAAAGGUGGGAUUAUGUUGUAAGGUGUAAGCCACUUGGCCUCUUUCAGACACUAACUUUUCAAUUGUGUCAUAGAUUAUCCCUUGUCAUUGCUAAUGAAUGGCAAUCCAGAUUAAGUGGAAUUUGACUAACUCAGUGCUAUGCAGUAUAUUUUUUACAGUCCUUGGUUUUUAUGAAAAUAGGUACUGCUUCAAUAAUUGUGCCAAAACCAUCAGACAGUCAACAUGAUUUCUGUUUAGUAAGUUUAUUUAGGUAGUAUUUUCUUAUUGCUGCCUUUGGGCAGUUAGCAUAUUACUGUAAUAGUAAUCAUAGAAACUUGACUGUUCAGCAGUGGGUUGAUUUCUUCAAGUAAACCACCGAACAAAACGGAAUGAAUUUUCUAAUAUGAAUUUUUAAUUGAAAUAUUCUUUGCUCUGGUUUGUCCAAGAGGUCCUGUUAUUUGUCUUUUUAAUUCCGUAUAUCUCUCUUUUUAUCCUUUUUCUACAUUCUGCUUCUUAGAAUCUCAAAAACCAGCUCUCUAUUCAAACAAACAGAACCAAAACCUUAAACCCAUUAGGUUUAUCGAUUUCUUUUAAUCUUCACGGUGGGUUCGGUUCACUUGCUUUGAAACAUUUUUGUUGUAUGCAAAUGUCAUAUUUGCGACAUCAACCCAUUAAACUUACAGCUUCUUGCCUACUCACUUCAAACUGCCAUUUUCUUUUAAUCAGUUUGCAAUAGAAUAAACUCAGUAAAAAAGCAUAAAUAAAAUGAAAUUAUCUGUAAAAAAGUUUUCAAUUUAAAUUUAUUGAAAUAACUCUGUUAUCAUUAAUAGUUUAAAAUAAUCUUUAAAAAUGCAUUGACCUGUGAAAGUUAUAUAUAUUAAUUUUGUAAAUACUUAAUGUGCGAUUUUAAUUUGAGCAAAUCUUUCUUAUGUAUCAAUUUUCAGCAUGUCUGUACCAGAGUCUGAUUAAUACAUCAAUUGUCAUUUCAUUGUCUUCUGAAGGACUCGCUUUGACUGUAUCGCACAAAAAAAACCACAAGUAUCAGGGACUUACUGUAUUUGUGGUUUCUGUUGUCAUCACACAGUUCAUGUAUUAAAAACUAACAACUCGAUUUCGCAUCCUUGAAAUCAGGAGUUUGAAGGAGAUCCAAAAAUUGUAACACGAAUCAUUCUCAUCCGAGCGUACAAAAUGGUGUUCAUAUGAUUGCAUUUUGAAGUUAUUUCCCAAUUCACCUGACCUAAACCUAUGAAUGAUCGGUUGGAGGUCAUGCGUUUUUCUAUGAAACAGAAUGAAUGUUGUUUUGGAAUUCAUAAUCUGUCUUGCGGUAGCAGCGUGGAAAAGAUACAUUUUGAUUCUCUGAUAGUCGAGAUUUUCAGAACCUAUUCUUGAAAAUUUUAGGUGCGCUGUUGUUUAAGUGAAACACGAGUUAUUUUUACACUUAGGCCUCAAUAUUUCCAUCUAAGUUUCAAAUAAAAAACCUCAACCAGCUCCUAAAAUUUGUAAUUGAUCAAAUUUAUUCCGUACAAUUUAUGUGACAGAGCCUCUAAGUUGUUGGUUGGUCAUUCUGACAUUAGCGAAUUGGAAGUAAAAAUUAAUUCAGGUUACGCCUUCUAUCAACCUAUCAUUUUACUACUUAUCGUUCAUGUUUUAACUCACCAAAUCCAUAUCAUUUUCAGUGAAAGUACCUAUGCAUGCAGAUGCUAUUUUUGUUAUUAGUGAAUUUAAACAAAACUACCCACCCAACUCAAUUUUAUCUAUAUUUUCACCUUUUAUCGUACAAACCGUACGUUUUAUCUUAAAUUAAUUAAUUAGUAAUAUGGUUUUACUUGAUAAGUACCUACUUAUGUAAGUUUUUCAGCGCUGGUUGUAGUUUACUCUUCUUUGUUCCUAUGUAUGUGCCACUAGGUAAUUUGUAAAACAUAGUAAUUUUUCAAUCCUUUUGUUACUUGUAGGUAUCGUAUUUCUGAUAAAUCUGUGAAUUCUCUAUCCAAUCAGCUAAGGACAGUAAAACAGUGUGCUUGAUGAUCUUCAUUGCCUCUCCAUUCAAUAAAUGCAGUGAUUGCAAGGGGAGAGGAAGGGGUAGAGAGAAAGAGGAGAGGAGUGCAAAGAAGGCGGUAGAAAUAAUAAGAAUAAUCUUUGAAACCUUAAAAAACAAUCACAAUUAUUUUCCUAGAAAUCUCUUUGUGUAAAAUGUAAAAGAUAUAACAUUUCAAAUAGGUAUAGGCACUCUGAACUGAUACUGUAUCUGGGAAGCCAAUCUUUCACUUUUACCAAUAUGUGAAGAAUUCAAUGUAUUAACUUCAGUAACACUGGUUGGAACUGAAUAAGGGUAACAAAGAUUUUGAGUUUGUUCAAAAGGUUAUGAUCAGUCGAGCCAAUCUGCAGCAACUUUAAUAACCACUAGUGUUUUAUUUGAAAAGAUUCUGAGAGUAAAUAAGAUUGAAAAUGCACAUCUAAGCUCACUGCUUACACAUUGCCAAGAUAAUUUUAUUUUUUGGUGCAAAAAAAUCUAUUUGUGAGAGGUCCGGAACACCUCUCCCUUAAGACACCUACUUAAGGUGACAUUUUGUCAUGAGCAAAUAUAUGAGUUUUAAUCGGACAUUAGUGGAUGCUUCUCUUGAAUGAACCUUUACAGCAUUCAAGAUAUACCUCUCUUUAUUAAAGAAAAAAAAGAGAGGAAAGUUUGCUCUCUAUUUCCCUUGACCAUUUUUUGUAUGUAUAUAUUUUUUCUUUUAUUAUCUUUGUCUCUCAUUUAUACUGAAAUAGUCUAUUGUUUCAGACUAACAUUUGUUCUUGUUUUUUACAAUUGUAAAAUAAGCGUGACAGUCUUUUACCUUAUACAUUCUCUUUGUCUAAUGUGUAAGGAUAAGUCUCUAAUCAUUUCUCUUUUUCUUCGAUAGAAUUGUGCAUUUAUUUUGUGUCUUUCAAUUUUCUUCUUUCACCACUGAAUUUACAUUUGUGAUAAUUGUGAGAUGAGAAGUGAAUAAAUCAGUAGCUAUAAGGAGUAA